AUGAGCGCCUUGGAACGCAAGCUCGAUGAGCCAACCGUCGUGUCUGCGUCGGGCAAGGUGCUCCUUGCUGGCGGCUACCUGGUGCUCGACCAGAAAUAUUCUGGGGUGGUCGUCUCUACAUCUUCACGGUUCUAUACCGUGAUAAACUCGGCUCGAAAUCGCAAAGAGGGACUUGUGACUGUGCGAUCACCACAGUUCAAAGAUGCGAUCUGGGAAUACUAUGUACAAGUUGGAGAUGAUGUAAAUGUCACUCAGCCUGAAGGGGCUCCAAAAAAUAAAUUUGUAUUUAUUGCACUUCAGCUCACUCUCCGACUCGUCGCCGAGCUGAAGGGAUUAGCGCAUCUUAAGAGCGUUUUUGAACAUGGUCUUGAUAUUACCAUCGUCGGUGGAAAUGACUUCUAUUCACAACGAGCAAAGCUCGCGGAACUUGGCCUUGAGCCGCGCAUAUCGUCACUAGCGCAGAUACCUCCUUUCGCGCAUACAGGCGUUCCGAUCUCCGAGGUUCAUAAGACAGGACUCGGCUCAUCUGCAGCGCUCACCACUUCUCUCGCCAUUCCUGUUCUCUCUGGAGAUGACACCAACGUGCAUAUAGUACACGCAGCAUCUCAAGCCGCCCACUGCAUCGCCCAGGGAAAAGUCGGAAGUGGAUUUGAUGUUGCAGCUGCGGUAUUUGGAAGUCAUAAAUACACACGCUUCAACCCGAAUGUAUUAGCACCUCUCAUGGGAGAUGCAGCAAGUGGAAAUGUAUCCCUUCUUCCAGUUCUUGGUGUAGAGAAUAAGGCCUGGGAUCAUAAGGUCGAGCCGUUCCAGCUUCCACCCGGAACUCGGCUUAUGUUGGCUGAUGUCGAUGCUGGGAGCGAUACACCUUCUCUUGUAGGAAAGGUGUUGAAGUGGCAUAAAGCAUCAGGAGCUGAAUCUGUUGCUCUGUGGGAUGCCCUCGCUGCAUCCAACGAAGCGUUUGCAGCUGCACUUCUUCACCUCUCUGAGCUUCAGUCAAAAUACGAAGAGCUAUACAACAGAGCACUCGCCCAACUAACGCACCUCCCGGCUUCUCAAUGGCGUACAACAGACGCAUCCGACGUCAUCAUCCAGACGUUCAUCAAUGUCCAUAAACUUGCCGAAGAUAUCCGAGCAAAGAUGCGAGACAUGGGCAACCGGGCGGGAGUUCCCAUAGAGCCACCAGAACAAACAGCACUCCUUGACGCCUGCAUUGCACAAGAGGGUGUCAUCGCUGGUGGUGUUCCUGGUGCUGGUGGUUAUGACGCAGUCUGGGUCCUCGUAUUCGAUCCACGGACUACUGAUCUCACCGACACCGAGAAUACACCUCUCCACCGCGUAGAACGUGUAUGGGCAGACUGGAAGGAUCUAGACGUCUCUCCACUCUCUGCUGCGGAAUCAUUUGAGAAGGGCCUGCGUCGUGAACGCGUAGAAUCCGUUCCCGGAUUAGCCGAGGCUUUGGAAGAUGCCGUGUAA